AUGGAAAAAGCAGAUGGAUUAUUGCGCAUGGAUACGUUUGCUUAUCGAGGAAAAAACUACGAGGUGCCUAUUUUUGACGACAAUGCGCCUCCAAUUAUAUUGAAAGCAAGUGCCAGUGCUAUUUCGUUACCGAAUACUUCGCCAAUAUUGCGCUGUAUUAACUCAAUUUGGAAUUUAAAAGAGUUUUCAUGUCCACGGCAUCCUAUAUCGCUUGGUAUACUGAAUACUGAUGAGUUGAAUGCCUAUACAAAACCAGACGCCGUGCGCGUGUUGGAUAUGCCUAUUAAAAUGCCUGACUGUGAUGAAUACCGGUUACCCCGCACUUUCUCACAAUUUACUGGUGUUAUUCAGCGAAUUAUCGAUGUCGAACAUCGCAUCAAUCCGCAACACGCUGAUUAUUAUGCAUAUUUGACGAUUGACCAACGUUGGGUGAAACCUGGCACGCUUCAACGUGAAGCACCUUGCCAUGUGGACGGAUUUCAAGGUGCACGAUGGAAUCCGAAAUGUCGAAUCAAUCACACAUAUACGGUUUCCGAUGUUUUACCUACUGCUUACUACAUACAACCUUUCGAUUUCUCUCUUCUCGAUGAAUGCAUUCACGAUUUCUUCUGGGAAAUGAACGCGCAGGUUGCAGAUACAAAUGAAGUUCAUCGAUGGCAACCACAGCCUGCUGAAAUUACUUUAAUGGAUUGCUACACUGUUCAUCGUGGUGUUGAAAAUACCAGUAGUAGUCCUGUAUUUCGAACAUGGUUACGCUUAUCGUUCGAAGAACGCCGACGAGUUUUCGAUCGUUUAGGCAAUGCUCACAAUCCUUUCUUUGACUACAACUGGACGAUGGUCGAUCGUGACAUCGAACAACUGGGACUCUGUGCUUAUCGUACUACGAGUGACCCAUCUCUUCGCGUCUUUCCCUGGCAAGAUCUUUCAGGAAAUCCAUUGCCACCAGGAGUACCAAAGACGAAGCCACAGUUGCGCAAAACAACAGAUGAGAGCGUGAAAUAA